GACAUCUUCUCUUACUUUUCUGUCUUCUUCUGGCUCUACCCUCUUUGUGGGUUUUUUUCCAUGGUAUUUAACACAUCUUUCCCUCCUUCAAUUCCCCCAAAUUUCCAACCAGACCUCUUUCUUCUCAUCACUACUCUCUUCUUUUACUCCCUCUUUGUACUUCAUUUCCAUCUCUAACUUUUCCGGGUUUUUUUUUCUGUGUUUAUUGUUUUUUCCAUUCUCCACUUCUUUUUUAGCCCUUAUCAAAGUGAUUUCAAUGGUAAAGUGAAAGGAAGGGAAGACAAAAAAAAAUAAUAAUAAUAAUAAUUAAGGAGAAAGAGUUUUUGUUUCGGGGAGGAAAAAAAAAAGCAUCGGAAAAUUAAGAAGACGACAGAAGAAAAAUGUUCGGAGAUAUCCAGGUUUUGUCAUCUAUGGGAGUAGGAAAUGGGGGCGCUCAAGAUCAUAACUCCUUCUACCCACAUCCAUCUCUCCAGAACCCUAGCUUCUCCUUCAUGUCUAAUCUCCCUUUCAAUAUUUUCCCACCCUUAAUCCCUAAGGAAGAAAACGGGUUAUCGAAAAGCAGGGAAGAUAUAAUGGAAAGUGGCUCAGGAAGUGAACAGAUUGAAGGAGGUUUAUCUGGAAACGAACAAGAAAUUGAUGAACAACUUCAACAGCAACAAAACCAGCAGCCAGGACAGCCAAAGAAGAAACGUUAUCAUAGGCACACAGCCCGCCAGAUCCAAGAAAUGGAAGCGUUGUUUAAGGAAUGCCCACAUCCUGAUGACAAGCAAAGGCUAAGGCUUAGCCAAGAUUUAGGCCUGAAACCCCGUCAAGUCAAGUUUUGGUUCCAGAACCGCCGAACUCAGAUGAAGGCACAACAAGACAGGUCUGAUAAUGUAAUUCUGAGAGCUGAGAACGAGAAUUUGAAGAAUGAGAAUUAUAGGUUACAAGCUGCGUUACGGAACAUUGUUUGCCCUAAUUGUGGUGGUCCUGGAAUGUUAGGAGAAAUGGGUUUUGAUGAACAACAAGUUCGUCUAGAAAAUGCCCGUCUUAAAGAAGAGUUUGAACGUGUAUGCUCCCUAAUUUCACAAUACACUGGAAGGCCAAUGACAUCACCACUUGGAGGACCACAUACUCUCAUGGGGCCUUCUUCUUUAGAUUUGGAUAUGAACAUGUUCCCCAGAAAAUAUGAAGACCAAAUGCCUCCUCCUAAUUGCCCUGACAUGAUGGCGCCAAUGCCUUUUAUGUCCGAGAACCCAAACUUCACCGGCGGAAUUCUGAUCCUGGACGAUCAUGAGAAAUCACUUGCGAUGGAUCUCGCGCUUUCAUCCGUUGAUGAACUGAUCAAAAUGUGUCAGUGUGGUGACCCCCUUUGGGUCCUAAGAUCGUCAAAAGAUUCCGCCAGCGGGGUGGAAGUGUUGAAUGUCGAAGAAUACUCGAGAAUGUUCCCCAGCUGGGCAGUUGACCACCUCAAGCAGCAGAACUCGAAUGAGAUCAGGACGGAAGCCAGCCGCCAUGAUGCGGUUGUGAUCAUGAACAGCAUUACUCUUGUUGAUGCCUUCCUUGAUGCUUCGAAAUGGAUGGAGCUGUUCCCGUCAAUUGUUUCAAGAGCAAAAACUAUUCAGGUGGUAACUUCUGGUGUUUCUGGUCAUGCUAGUGGUACACUUCAGCUGAUGUACGCAGAAUUGCAAGUCCUUUCCCCAUUGGUACCGACCAGAGAGACACAUUUCCUUCGUUACUUCCACCAGAAUGUCGAUGAGGGAACUUGGGUGAUUGUCGAUUUCCCUCUCGACAGUCUCCACAACAGCUGUCCUUCUUCAUUGCCUUACUACAAGAGAAGGCCCUCUGGUUGCAUUAUCCAGGAUAUGCCUAAUGGAUACUCUAGGGUUACGUGGGUAGAGCAUGUGGAGAUUGAGGAGCAUCCUGUCCAUCAGAUAUUUAACCAAUUUGUCAGCAAUGGCAUUGCUUUCGGUGCAAAGCGUUGGGUGGCUGUUCUUCAGCGACAGUGUGAAAGGCUUGCUAGCCUAAUGGCCCGAAACAUACCUGAUUUAGGGGUGAUACCGUCUCCUCAAGCUCGGAAGAACGUGAUGUAUCUGGCACAGAGAAUGAUUAGGACAUUCUCAGUGAACAUAAGCACUUGCUGUGGCCAGUCAUGGACGGCCCUGUCCGAUUCUGCGGAGGAUACCGUUAGAAUCACCACCAGGAAAGUUUCCGGAGAUCCUAGUGAACCCAAUGGCCUCAUUCUCACUGCUGUAUCUACUACUUGGCUGCCAUAUCCUCACUACCAGGUUUUCGAACUUCUCAGAGAUGAACGCCGCAGAGCUCAGUUGGAUGUCCUGUCCAAUGGGAACUCUUUGCAUGAAGUGGCUCACAUUGCUAAUGGUUCUCAUCCUGGGAAUUGUAUCUCUCUACUCCGCAUCAAUGUGGCAAGCAACUCAUCCCAGAGAGUGGAGCUGAUGCUUCAAGAGAGUUGCACAGAUGAAUCAGGUAGCCUAGUGGUGUACACAACUGUAGAUGUGGAAGCAAUUCAGCAAGCGAUGAAUGGCGAAGACCCUUCAUGCAUCCCUCUUCUCCCCAUGGGAUUCGUGAUUCACCCUGUCACGACAAAUGAAACCAUCAAGAGCAGCAAUGGCACCGGGCAAUCUUCUUCCCCUUCUGAAAGCGGAUCAGUGUCGCCUGAUGACCUCUCCGCGGGAUGCUUACUCACUGUCGGUCUGCAAGUCCUGGCCAGCACCAUACCAACCGCCAAGCUGAACCUGUCUAGCGUCACAACCAUUAACCAUCACAUCUGCAACACUGUCCAGCAAAUCUCGGCGGCCUUAAGCGGUGCAAGUUCAACUACAACUGCUGGUGGUGGUGUCAGUAACGACCUGGCAUUGGCAACUGAGCCAACGCCUGUCGUUGCAACCCCACCACCCGGGCAUGUUGAUCAUCAUAGCCCCGCAACUCCCUAAUUACCCUAAACUGCCCUAAUUUGGUUCUCCUCAUGAUAGGGGCAGUUUAUAUGUAAUUAGGAAGGAUGUUUAAUAUAAAGGGGUAGUAGCUUUUUGGUUUCUAUAUCAGCAUAUAUUGUUGAUAAAACCAACAUGAAGAGUGGUAUAGUAGUUUGAUUUGAGGUAUACCCAUUUUCUUUGCAUAAAGAAGGUGGGGUAGAUGUUACAAAUGGUUAGGUGUAGUAGUAAUCAGUGUAGCUCUCUCCUAUGAUCUGAUUGCUAGGGAUAUUAAAAACUACCAUGGAAGUCAAGAGCGCACCAGAAGGGAUCCUUAGCUGGCUUUUCUUUUGUCAGGCCAACAAAAUAUGUGUGUUUUGUGGUCUUUCAUAUCUAUCAGCCAGGAUGGGUGGUGGUUCGGGUAUUGACUUCUUACUCUUGUUUAUUUUCUAGGGGUUUCUUUCUUUUUUUUUUGGUUGAAAAAUAUUGGAUGUUAGGGUAUCAUUCCAAUUCUGAAUUAAUGCAUGUAUGAGUUUUUGUUAUGAAUAGAGUACUCUUAGGUCCUAUUUGUAAGUCACAAUUUUAAUUUAAAAUUGUAACUUACAAAUGGGAUUAGAAAGAGUUACUCUCAUAUAUGAUCAGUUCACCGUUUGUUUACACGGUGUGUCAUUUGCUAUUUUCAACUUCUCUUGAGAAUUUGAACAAAAAGUAAAAUACUUUGAGAAUGUCUGAAAUCACUAUAUGAGUGCUUAUCCAGUUGAGCUUCAUUUUUAUGCACCUCUUGUCAAAAAAAAUGUCUGAGAUCAUCAAUACUAUAUGAGUACAUAUCCAC